ACUAAAAAAAAAGAAGAAGAAAUAUUCCUUGGGGAUGAUGAGAGGUGGUUGAAAAUAAGCCGAAGAGACUUCAACAGGUUUACAACAUUUAGUCAGUGUUUGGCAGUAUGGAUCCAAAAGCAGAUGUCUUGGUGAAUUCAGAUCUUCCGUACGGACAUAUUCUUUGCCAUGAAAAAUGGAGGACUUCGUCUCUUCUUCAGGCCCUAAAAGAUGGAGGUGUGAAAAUCCUCUUUGAAAAGGAGCUGGGUGUUGCAGAUUUCCAUCUUCCCAGCCAAAUGAGGCUUCUUUAUGUGUCAGAGUGUGACAUAAUAGCAGGAAAUGGCUACAAAAGGAAGCUGGUUCGAUACAGAAACGCCAGUAGCAGCUUUCAGGAGCUGGUAUUAGUGGAGAGGACACAGCUCAGUGAGCAAUACUUCUCUGCUUUGCAGAGAUUUGUGGUGUUUGACUUAGGUUUGUCUCUGCUCCCAGUUAGUGGGCAAACAGAAGCCUCACAGCUCAUCACUCAGAUUGUCCACGGAGAGGGCAGAGACAAUCCUUUUAGGCGGAAGACUUCAGGUCAGCUGUUGGACUCAGUGACCGUGAUUUCAGUCCAGCAGAUCCCUGGGGUUGGCAGGGUCAAAGCUUUGACGCUGAUGCAGAAUUUUUCCAGUCUCAAGGAGAUCUCCAACGCAUCUCCUGCUGAGCUAGAGCCCAUAGUGGGCGAGGGGAGCGCCCAGCAGAUCCACAGCUUCUUCCACAGAAACCUUAUUACUGGACAUUGGGGCAUUAUAUAAAUUAUAUGGAGAUGCAAUGCAUCUCAAUGUGUAGACUUUAAGAAAUCUUUUUGUUAAAAAUUAAAUGUUUUAACCACAACUGUUUUAAAAUGUGUGAAAUGACUGUACAAUGUCUUAUGAAACCAUUUUUAUUUUUGGUGAUGCCAGUAGUUUGGGCUUACAGCUAAUAACUCAGAAUUGAAAUGACGAAGCUCACUUUAACCACGUUAAAUACUCGGGUUUGAAGUUUAUACAUGAAUUCACUGAAAAUAGCUAAAGUUGUGCUGCUGCGUAAGACUGGGGACAGACAAGUUAUUUUACAUCCACAGUUCUCCACAAUACUUGAAGAACUCCAUCCAUCCAUCCAUCCAUUUUUUCACACCCUUGUCCCUUAGAAGGGUCGGGAGGGUUGCUGGUGCCUAUCUCCAGCCAACGUACUAAAAGAACUAUUCAAUAAUAAGAUGAAUUCUUAGAAAAAUGUAAAUUACUUUCCGGACAGUCAACACAAAUUCAGAUCAAACAGUUCAACAUUAUUGGCAAUAAUUGAAUCAACUGAGAAAA